AGCCCUUUUGCGUCCACCAUGCCUUCUCCACCUAAGAAAUCCUCAAAGCCCAGCCAGGCUUCGGCUUCCACCGGACCCUCCAUGUCUGCCAAGGCUUCCACACCUCCUGCCUCCUUGAAGACCACCAAAUCAGCAAUUCCCAACAGCUCCUCAAUGCCCUCCAAGACAUCGAUGUCCCCCAACUCAGUCAUUAACCCAGGCAGUUCCAAGUCCACCAAAUUGACAAGUACAAAGACAUCCCCUUCCAAGCGCUCCAGCAGCAGGUCCCAAGCGCAUAGCAAAGCAAGAACAGCCAGCAGGGUGAGCACCGACACCAGGGCCAGCACCGACACCAGGGCCAGUGAAGCCAGCGAUGCAAAACGCCACCCAGGCACGCACAGCCGGGGCCGAACUCCAGGCAGAAGACAACACCUCAGCUCUUGGGGGUCACCCAGCAGGGCGAGCACUCCCCGCAGCAUAAGAACUCAUGGGGCUGGACCAGGCAUGGCCAAAAGGGUAAGAACUCCUACUUCCCAGCAAAAACAGAGUGAGGGCAAGAGUUACAGCCAGUCUAGAACCAACAACUGGGAAAGGAGUGACAGCCAGCCUAGAACUGUGAUCAGGGAAAAGAGUGACAGCCCACCAGGAGUGUCAGGUACAGGAAGUAGUUCCAACCUGGCUGUAACCUCCAGUAGGGCAAAGAGUUACAGCCCAUCUACAAGACCCUCUGAGGAGAAAGGUUGCACCCAGUCUCCACCAUCACUGAGGAAAGUGAAUAGUUAUAGUCAGAUGACGGCCCCCAGAUGGGGGCGGAGUUUCAGUCCAACUGAUGUGUCCAACAGGGUCCAGGGUCAUGUCCAGGCUAGCACCCCCGACAGGACCCGAAGUCACAGGUGGUCUAGCACCCCCGACAGGACCCGAAGCCACAGCUGGUCUAGAACCCCCAGCAGGACCCAAAGUCACAGCCAAUCUAGCACCGCCAGCAGAACCCGAAGUCACAGUGGGUCUGUAACCCCCAGAAAGGCAAGAAGCCACAGCUGGAAGAGGACCGAAAGUAGGGCAAGAAGCCACAGUUGGAAGAGAAGUCACAGUAGGGCAAGGAGCCGUACCCGGAAGGGAACUCCUAGCCAGAUGAGAACACCUAGCCAAUCUAGAAACCCUAGAAGGGAAAGUCACAGUUGGUCUAGAACCUCCAGUGAGGAAAGAAGCCAUAGCCAUUCUAGAAGUACCAGCAAAGAAAGAGAUCAUAACCGAUCUAGCACUGCUAGCAAAGAGAGAGGUCACAGUCAAUCUAGAAUCACCAACAAGGAGAAAGAUAAUACAAGACAAUCUAGAAUCCCCAUAAAGGAGCAAGAUCAUACAAGAAAAUCUAGAACCCUCAGCAAGGAGAGAGAUAAUAUAAGACAAUCUAAAACCCCCAGCAAGGAAAGAUAUCACAGUCAAUCUAGAACCUCUAGCAAGGAGAGAGGUCACAGACAAUCUAGAAUCUCCAACAAAGAGAGAGAUCACAGCAGAUCCAGAACCCCCAGCAAGGAGAGAGAUCAUACAAGACAAUCUAGAACCCCCAGCAAGGACAGAGAUAAUAGCCAAUCCAGAACCCUCAAUAAGGAGAGAGAUUGCAGCCAAUUUGGACAGUCCAGAACACCUAACAAGCAGAGAGACCACACCCAAUCUGGAACCUCUGGCAAGGAGAGAGGUCAUGCAAGACUAUCUAGAAACUCCAUCAAGGAGAGGGGUCACAGCGAAUCUAGAACCUCCAGCACAGAGAGCAACCACAGCCAAUCUAAAGCCUCCAACAAAAAAAGAGAUGAUAGCCGAUCUAGAACCCCCAGCAGGGAGGGAGGCCUUGGCCAAUCUAGAACUCCCAGCAAGGAAAGAGAUCCCAAUCCAUCUAAAACCCGUAGGAGUUUUAGUGGGAAGAAAUCUAGCAGCUCGAGGAGUUCCAGUCAGAACAGGACCCACAGCAAGACAAGGAGCCACUCCCCAUCAAGACUUCCCAAUGCAGCCCAAACCCUGAACCAAGAUGAUAGUCAAGCCAACAACACUACCUCCAAGGCCAUCUCACCUGGGGAAAGGUCUUCAUCUUCUUCUUCCAAGCUGGCGUAACCCCCAGUCUCAGCUGGCUCACGGGUCUCUGUCAUGG